AUGCGUUCUAUGAAGCUGCCAUAUCUACCACAAGAUUUCAUUGAGGUUAUUAAAAUCUUCACAGGGCGCGGUAUCUCGACUCUUUCGCUCUCUAUCCUCUCCAGUAUGCCUGCAAUGGCCGCUAGUCUUGACCCAUCUUCUCGCACUGAUAGUAGUGCGGCUUUGGCAAAUCUUCCUCUUCAUAUUGGCCCCUCGUCAGCUCCUGUGCAAUUGGUGCCAAGAGCAAGUAACUUGCCAUCCACCCGACAACACUGCCGCACUAGCAAGCCCAAGGUUCGCAGUGGUUGCCUAACUUGCAAGAAACGGCGCGUCAAGUGUGACGAGGGUAAGCCUAUCUGCGAUCGUUGUGCCCAUGGCGACUUUGUCUGCGACGGUUACGAAACAGCCCUAUCGGUCGCUGGAUACUCUACUGUUCUAUGGACACCCGUCCAAACCUCACGCGGAAGCCACCCACCACUCGCUCCACCAGUCAUCCCAGGCCUCACCAGCCAGAGCGUUCCAUAUCUGGAUGCAUUCCGUUACCAGAUUGCUCCAGAACUUUCCGGAAGCUUCUACAUGGACUUUUGCCAGGGGUCAAUUCUCGUUGGCGCGCACCAAGAUGGCUCAAUUCGUCAAUUAGUCUUGGCCCUUGGCGCUUUGACUUUGGCCAUUGCGGAUGACGCUCGUGGAACGAAGCAGCACAUCGUCCAUGCAAGACCCUUGUCGCUCAGACCUUGGGGUUUCACGACCAUCAAGAAUAGUAACCACGCUGCUUCACUUAAGCAUUAUAUGAAGGGCGUUUCAAGCCUGCGGGAUCGUCUCCGGGUAGACCCAGCACGCGUUCCUUCAGUGGAUACCAUGUUGAGGACCGUUAAAAAUCUUUUGCGUGAGAAUCAUACCAGCCCUACGCAGGCUAAGCUUGAUGCUGGCUCUGUUGAGGAGCUUGUCUCAAUUCAGCAUACUUUUACGUGUUUCUGUUUAAUGAGUCAAUAUUCGCGAAAAUUUACAUCUCCGUGGCCCACGUUCAUGUCUAUGAAGACCGCCGCGGCUAUAGAGCCCCCAACCUUGGGCGUGGAUUUGCCCACGACGAUCCUUGCACGAUGGAGAUUCUUCAACAGCGCCGCCAUGGCCUACAUAGGUCAAGCUCAUGGCGUUGCUUUGUCAAAAAACCCAGUUCUCGCUGCAUCUUUCGAGCAUCAAGGCCAGAUUCUACGCAGCCAAGCUGAGUUGUGGAAACAGGCCAUCAAAGCCUAUCUGGAAGACGACCUAGUCAGUGAGCAUGCGCAUCGUCUGCAUCUCCUAAAGAUACACUGUGACUUAAUACAAAUCCAACUUGCCUGUUGCCUCGACUUGAGCGAUCUAUUCUAUGACAGUUUUGGGUCUAGGUUCAUAGGUAUAUUGGACGAUUGUGUCGAGUGGCUGAAAAAAGAAGUCCAGCGUGGGCUGCCUCGUCAUAUCAUCCUGGGUGAGGGAAUAACGUUGCCUCUUCUAGCAGUCGCUCGCCUUUGCAGGAUUCAUGAUGUUCGGAUGGAUGCGCUAUAUAUUGUGCAAAGGAUCAAAUGGCAGGAAGGCGCCUGGGAUCCGCAGUUCCUCGCUCAGGGUGAACUGGGAACCGUGGUGAUGGAGGAACGAGAAAAGGAAGAGGGUGGUAGGUGGGUUUGGAUUAGUGAUGCAGAAAGGGCAAGCGAAAGUGACCCUCCGCAAGGUUUGUAUCUACGUCGGGCACUGAGCGAGAAUGGACUACCCAUUGCUCGCAUUGUUACCUAUGAAAGCACAUGGUGGCAAAAGGCAUGCAGGAUUGCUGACUGUAGAAAAGAUCAUAGCUACUUGGCACAAACUAUAUUUAAUAUCUAA